GCGGUAUCGCACUAUCGCCGAUAGGGAAGGUCUUCCUGCGUACGCGGCCAGAGUGGCCAUGCCUCAUGGCACAUGUGGCAUAAGUACUUUUCACUGCCACUGGCUGGGCGCCGCCCGUCCGCCCCUCCUCGCAGAAUCCUCGGUGGAAGGUGAGUUGAGCUGCUGCAGUCAGCCAGCAUGGCGGUGACCCUCCGCAUCGAGUUCGACCGGCCGGACGCCGUGUACCUCGCCGGGGAGUUGGUGACGGGCCGAGUCUGCCUGCACGUGACGAAGCCCAAGAGAGUCACAGUCAAAUUUCCGGCAGAUUUCAGCAUCCAGUUGAAAGGCGCGGCCGAUGUCAGGUGGAACAAGUCUGUCACGAGGAGCAGUGGCGCCGGCUCCUCCAGCAGGGAGAUCAAGAGGUACAGCGCGACCGAAAAUUAUUUCGUCAACAAAGUCUGCUUCGUGGGUGGCGGAACUGGUGAGGUGGACGUCUGCCCCGGGGACCAUGAGUACCCGUUUGAAUGCCAGUUGCCCGGCGUGGCGCCGUCCUCCUUCGAGGGUGUGCACGGCGGCGUCCGCUACACCGCCAAGGCCACCCUGUACCGGCCGUGGAACGUCGACCACACUGUCAGGGCGGCCUUCACCGUCAUCUCGCCCCUGGACCUCAACGACGGCUGGCCGCAGGCCAAGGAGCCCGUGCGCAGGAAGGAGACCAAGAACUUCUCCGGCGGGGCCUCCGGCGGCCCGCUCAGCAUCGACGUGCACCUGCCAACCGGCGGCUACGUCCCCGGCCAGGCCAUCCGGGGGGAAAUCCUAAUCGAAAACGGCAGCGACAGGCUGGUGCGGCACGUUCUCUUCGCGCUGGAGAAGGAAGUCACGUGGCGCUCGUCCAGGGGCAUGUCGCAGGUGACGCGCGCUUCCGUGGCGGCUGCCAUGUUCGACGGCGGGGUGGACAAGCAAAGCAGCAAGGCGAUCUCGCUGGUGAUGCCCGUACCCGCCGUGCCGCCGUCCAACCUGGAGCACUGCGGCCUCAUCGACCUGCAGUACUUCGUUAAGGUGACAGCCGAGGUCGCCGGCAGCCACCGCGGUCUGCAGUGCGACGUCCCCGUCCUGGUGGGCACCGUCCCCGUGCUCGUCCGAGACGGCACCCAGGAGUCCGCCAGCGCGCCCCAUGGUCCACCACCGACGUACGGGUCCGACCAGUUUGAGCCCGACCUCCGGCCAUUAAUUCCCAGAGUCCCGCCUCCAGUGACUCGCCAUCCUUUGGCGGUUAUCGCUAUCGCUGAUGACGAUAAGGCCUUCCCGCCCGUCCGCGGCUCGCGGCCACGACGUGCGGAAGGGCCGCGCACUCGCGCAGUCAUCGGCGAGGCGCUGCGAGACAGCCUUCCAUCCGUCACCCCCGUCACCUCAAGACAGCGCUCCGGGGCCGCCGCAUCGCAGCCAGCCACCAACCUCACCAUGGCGGUGACCCUCCGCAUCGAGUUCGACCGGCCGGACGCCGUGUACUUCGCCGGGGAGUUGGUGACGGGCCGAGUCUGCCUGCACGUGACGAAGCCCAAGAGAGUCACAGGUUUCAGCAUCCAGUUGAGAGGCGUGGCGAACGUGAGGUGGACCGAGAGAACUUCGAGAUCGAGACGAAGAGGCUCGCACAGUGAGACCUACAGUGCGUCCGAAACUUAUUUCGACAACAAAGUCUUCCUCCUUGGCGGAACAACCGGCGAGGUGGAAAUCUCCCCCGGGGACCAUGUCUACAACUUCGAGUGCCUGCUGCCCAGUGUGGUGCCUUCCUCGUUCGAGGGCCAUCACGGCAGCAUUCGCUACACCGCCACGGCCGCCAUGCACCGGCCCUGGAAGUUCGACCACACCGCCAAGACGGCCUUCACCGUCAUCUCGCACCUGGACCUCAACAGCCGCCUGCAGGCCAGGGAGCCCGUGUCCUCAGGCGCGACCAAGCACUUCUACUGCGGCCUGUGCAGGUCCGGCCCGCUCAGCGUCGACGUGCACCUGCCGUCCGGAGGCUACGUCCCCGGCCAGGCCAUCCUGGGGCAGAUACAGGUGGACAACGGCAGCGGCAAGCAAGCGCAGCGCGUGCUCUGCUCCCUGGAGAAGGAAGUCACGUGGCACUCCAACAGAGGCAGGACGAAGGUGACGCGCACCCCGGUGACGGCCACCAUGUUCGACGGCGCCGUGCAGACGCACAGCAGCAAGGUCAUCUCGCUGGUGAUGCCGGUGCCCGCCGUGCCGCCGUCCAACCUGGAGCACUGCAGCAUCAUCGACCUCCAGUACUUCCUGAAGGUGACCGUCGAGGUACCCGGGUUCCACCUGAACCUGCACUGCGACGUACCCAUCCUGGUGGGCACCAUCCCCGCCUUCGUGCAGGACGGCUGGAACAGGACCAACAUGGCCGGGCCGUCCCUGGAGACGCCCAGCGCACCGCCACCCGCAAGUCCACCACCGAUGUACCAGUCUGAGCUGCCGCCGCCGUCCUACGAGGAGAGCGUCUUGAAGGGGAACAACAUCAUGGACCCCACGGACACCUACACGAUGGGGCAAGCUGACUUCACGCCGCGGUACCCCGUGUGGGCCUUCAGCAACCCGUCCUUCGAAAAAUACUGAUUCACACGGCCAGCCUGUAGCCUGCUGUGUGCUGUCUCUCUGUAAUGUGAUAUGUUUGUGAUAUUUGGAGCUUCCAAAGUGAACCUAAUUUAUACGUUUCGAGUAAUGUAAGAAACGGAUCGUGUAACACGUGUUUCGGAGAAAUUAAAAAGCGAAGUAAUGCAAUUCA